AUGUGGUGUGUUCACACUUGUGCUGGUCCCAUACUACACCCAUCAUGUGGUGUGUUCACACUUGUGCUGGUCCCAUACUACACCCAUCAUGUGUGCAGAACAGGGACAGCCUUGGGCUAUGAAAUGCCCUUCAUCACAGCCCACGCCUGCGAGGGUUCCUACUUGGACCUGAAGUGUUCGAAUGAGACCCUGGUGCUGCACAUUAUACGGGCCAACUAUGGCCGCUUGUCCAACUCAGUGUGUAAUGAGGAAGGCAAGGCCUACAGUACUGACUGUUUGUCUCCAAGAGCAGUGAGAAUAGUCCGGCAAAGGUGUUACCGGAACAAUUGCAGUGUUCCAGCUUCUAAUGUCAUUUUUAGUGACCCUUGUUCUGAUACACUUAAAUAUUUGGAGGUUGAAUACCAGUGUAUCUUAGCAGGAAAUAUCCUGUUUCUUGCAGCACUGUAUUGGCUUCUAAUGGGAUGCAAAAUCACAAACUUUGGAGACAGAUUUCCUAACUUUGUAUCCUUUUUUCUUGACACAUUUAAUCAGUUCCAUGCUGUAAAUUUGAGCCAAUCUUUGCUACUGUUGAGUCAGACUUACGUAUUUUACAUCAAUUAAAAAUGUCAUCUAGACAUAAAUCCCAAUUUUUUUCACAACUGUAGCACAAGUAUAUUCAUGCCAAAAUUGAGAAACACAUUGCUAAAGGAAAUUGUCAAUAAGUUUGACAUGAAAACGUAUAUCCAUAGAUAUGCUUAUUAUGUGAUACUCUCUAUGGGGAAGUAAAAGUGAGUGAAAACUGUGUGUGGGAGAAAUGAGUGGAAAGUUUUACAUUAUUAAUUCUGUGGCAUUAGUGACACCAUAUGUCACACUAGACAUGGGAAUGCUGCCAAGUUGUUGUGGAGCCAUGGUGGUCUGGUGGUCACAAAAAAAAAAAAAAUGUCAUCCCAUCACCCACAGACCAGUCACGGGCAUGGUCAGUGACCACCAAUGGUCAAAAAAGCACCUCAAGACCAGUUGGUUAGAGUAGCCAUUGAUAGUGUUGUGUCUGUCACGUCAGAGUGAGUGUAAAUCUUUCUCAAGUGGCAGUCUGUGGACUGCCUGUCAAUAUUGUGAACCAAAUGAUCCCUUUGACCAACUGACUUACUCUAAUGGUCAUUAACAUAAGUCCCACUGGUCAGUCCAGUGCCAAAUUGUGAUGGGGAUGACCACCUGUAUUUAAUGCUACCUUUAUGGCUAGUGCUUGCACCUCGGUUGCCAGCUCAAAAUUCAAAACCUAAUUGUCAGUUGGUUUUUCUUAACAAACUGACCACACACUGACCACCUGUAAUGAAGGCCAUUUUAGUCUCAGGUGGUCAGAUUUUGAUUAUCCUGUGGUCAAAGCAACCUAAUGGAAGGGAAUAUGUACACAAUGCCCUCCGAUAAUAUAACAGUUCAGUAUGUUUUGACCAAUAUUGGUUUGCAGCACCUUUUGCACUACUUAACUUCACCCAGCCAGACUUCUACGAAUAAUAAUCACAAGCCACAGGCAUUGGCAGGUUGCUGUUAUCUUAGAAGGAAUAAAUCAGAGACAAAAUAAAUGUACUCCAUAUGAGGUGGGUCAGCUGAAAGUGUUUGUGUGGGGAUAUUAUUUCUCACUUACAGGAUGUUAUGCUGUGAGGGUAAAUUAUGGUGGAAAUGAUACAACAUUAAGGUUCCUAUUAUAUACUGGGGGAGCUCUGUGUCUGGCUGGCUGUAUAUUUGGUGUCAAAUUUUUCGA